AUGGCAUCUAUCGAAGGAAUUGAUGUUUAUACAUCACCAUUUAUACUUGGAAUAUAUCACGAUCCUCGAACAAAAGGCUUUUCUCACGAUGGGAAGAUGCAUAGUGAUCGAUACAUCAGCAUAUACAGUCUUGUAACAAACACAGAAAAACGAAUGUGCAUCGAACUGUUCGAAAUAUCUGUAGCUACAGCUCUUUUGUUAUACCUUUUAGCGACACGCACUGCGAUGUUUGGCACUAAACUACCUGAAGAUUUCAAAUUGUUGGCGAAAAACAAGGACGUUACGUUUAUCGGUGGUCUUAUUAUGAGACACAUGCAGAUCUUUCUUAACAAUUUCUGCAUUUUUCAAGAAAUGCAAGGUUUGAAUUACUUAAGCUAUGGUGUGGCUGCUAUGCCAUUUUUCAGCUUGUUUAAUCAUAGCUGCAAUCCAAAUAUACAAAUAUGUUCGAGAGCUAAGCACGCAGUGAUGCACGUCAUAUAUCCCAUUAAAAAGGGCGAGCAGCUUUUAAAUACCUAUGCGCAUUAUGCAAUCUACGACCGAGAAGCCAGACAAAAGAAGCUCGAAGGGUAUUAUUUUACCUGUGAUUGCAUACCGUGCCAGGAAAACUGGCCUUUAUUAUGUCACGAACUACAGUCAUACAAUAUUUUAGUGAAAAAAACGGCAGACAAGGUUAAGAUACAAAAAGCGUUACGCAAGUUAAAUACAUAUAUCUUUAUAACAGCGGAGGAUACAGUACAGGACAAACCUUACAUCAUUGAAGAUUUACUAAUGAUGGUGCAAGUACUACACGAAUGCGCGCCGAUGCUUUGUCUUGAGAUGUUCAACGUCAUUGCAACAUUAACGCGGGUGUACAACUUGAUUGCAAAUAGAUUUGAAAUACCAAAAUUGUGGAAAAGCGAAAAGUAA